AUGUUACCACGAUCUGGUAGAAAUAAGCCAGAAACUGAGAAAUAUAUCUUAAAGUUACUCGAUAUGAAAAUGGAAACUUCAAACGAACAAAUUGAUUUGGGUGAAUUUGUGAACGACUUUUUAUCCUGGCAAAAAGUAAGUGAAAAUUUUGCCUUCCUGCAUUAUAAAGUAUUUAUGUAAAUAAUUGUUUCGAUUUAUAAUAAAACUAGUUUGUUUUUUUCGUAGACCAUUAAAAAUUUAGCAAAAGAAAAUUCAUACGUUAAGCUACAAUACGCAAUUAUUCAAAAGCAGCUUCAAAAAAGUCAAAUAGCUGAAAAGACGGCAAACGAAAGUAAGGGAAUUUUUUUUCAUUCUGUUUGUAAAUGCCAUAAUUAUAAAACAAUAUUUUAAUGUGUUUUAAACUUUUAUUACUCACGUAGAAUGUGUACAACUCAGGGAAAUGGUAAACAAACUUCAAACAACUCUCGACAUAAGAAAUAAUUUGCAAGGUAUAUUUCAAACUAAAUUUUUAUUAUAACUCUUUUGUUUGAAUAUUCGGCUAAAACUCUAUCUAAAGCGUUCUUUACUCUUUUCGAAUAAGAUGAAAAUGUAAAGCUAAAGAAACAAAUUGCAGAAGCAAAGGAAAUCGCCACAAAUCUCGAACAGGCAAGUAAUCCGCCAUUGUCAUUAAUUAAAGUGAAUAAGUUACAUUGGAAAUAUCUUGAAUGUCUUGAAGGAUUUUGAAGGAUAUAAAACACGAGAGCGCAGCUCGAGUGUUUCAGUAUACAGGGCGCCCUGGUUUUAUAUCUUAUAAAGCACGGACUAGCUGAAAAGAUGUUUUAAAUGGCUUAAAAAACGACCCAUCUGAUGAGUACAUUGGCGAAGUAAUUUUAAAAGUAAACGUUUCUAAGCCGAGAAAAUCAAGGCUAAAGUUUAUGUAAAUGAACAUGAUUUUUUAUCAGAUACAAAACCACCAACACGGCAGUGAUUUCGUUUGUAAUUUCCUCAUGGAUUAUUAAUGAGUUUUUUAAAGGCUAUAUAUACACGGCCGGUUCAUAAUUCAUUAACAGAACGAGUAAGGCCAUAGCCAUAGGAAGUUAUAUAAAGGGCAAUAAAAGGCACAAACUAUAAAUCUUGUAAUCCGGGAUCUAGGUUCCAGGCCCCAGACACUUUAAGUAUUACAAUUGGAGACUCUUUGCCGCGGAGUUUGGAACUGGAAAAAUAUAGCUAGUAAAAUAAACCUCAUUUAAAAACCUUAUGAUGUAGCUAACGCAUUGCCACACCAUUUACAUGCGUUUUCGGAUCCCAGUUCUUAUGUAAGCAUAGAUAGUACUGUCUUACUAUCAAUGAUAAUAUUAUAUUAACUGGGUGCAACUUAAAGACGUGUUCAAACACUCGUUAAUAAUGCAUAAUUAGUUAUGUCUUAUGCAUGGCAUAACAUUCGAAGUACCAACAUAUAAAAAACAUAAAUAUUGUUUUGGUAAUUUACAGUAUAUCUCAAAAAACGAGACAAAAUAUCGAUGUUUCAUGUUAGUAUUGAAUAAAGAUGAUUUAAAGAUAUAGAGUAAGGAUGGCAUAAAGUUUACUUUUAUGCAAAAAUAGUGUCCGUUCCUGGUCACGUGGAUAUUGCUUUGUAACCAUCUUAAGUUCUUAACCAAUAGCAAUGAAAUUGAUGUACUCAAAUUACUCAUCCAUGAUACAAUGGUUCGUUUAAAAUAUUGGAUGGUUUAGUGAAAAACAUGCAAUAGGCACGUGAUGAUGAACCGACCAUAUUUUUUGCACUGUCUUUAUUGUAUUUUAUCGAAUGUCGUAAUUUGACUCAGUCGUAAACACCUUUAUUCUAUUGACCAUCGCAGAGUCACAAAUGUCAGAUGAAUGAAGCUAUUAAGAAUUUAGAAGCUAGUCAACAAGCCCAUGCAGUUGAAGUAAGAAGACUACAGGAAAAUAACCAGCUACAAAGUAAGAUUGUAUAUAAACUAAAAAAGCAAGUGAAAUAUCUCCCAAAUCAGAAUACUGUAUACAGGGACUUAGCCAGGACUAGCAAUGUAUCCGUCCACAAGUGCUCGAUCAGGUGUGCCCUCGCCCCCCCCAAAAAAAUGUUUCUCUUGGAAUAAUUUUGAAAUCAGAUCUUUAAUCUAUAUCUUCUAAAAACGUAAUUCUUAGCAGUCAAAAGAACACAUGUAAACCUGCACUCAAAAUUCAAGACUAAACAGCUUGGUUGACCUCACUAACAUAAUCGUCGAAGCAGCGGCGUAGCCAGCUCGGAUAAUUGAGGGGGGGGGGGGUUCAUAUUCAUAUAUUCGUGUUCACAGACCUUAAAAACAAUCGAUUUCAAAAGAAAUUAAUAAUGCAGAACACGAAUAUAUGAAUACGGACCCCCCCCCAAAAAAAAAAUUAUCGAGCUGGCUACGCCGCUGCGCCGAAGUUAUUCUUAAAAUCAGCCUAAAAUACUAAAUAUUUCAAAUACAUAGGAAAUUGUAGCUUGUUCGCUUCUGGAUUUAUGUGCUGGGAUGUGCAGUGACUGUUGAAUGCAUAUGCUGUAUACUAAUUACUACAGACAAAAUGCUAGAGUUUUAACAUAUUUUUGCCGCCCGUCCACAAUCACAAGUAUCCGUACAAAAAACGGGUGGAUGGGCCUCUGGCUAAGCCCAUGACUGUAUAUAUACUGUAAUAUAAAUGUGAUAAAACUUUGUGCUCAAACCAGUGGUUUAGUCUAUUUCUUAAUUUUGUUACUAUGUCGGUACCAAUCUUCUCGAUCACGAAUGUGGAAGCAAUCUUCAUUUUUUUUCAAAUUUGUGAUGCAUAUAUCCAUUACGACAAAAUCUUUGGUUUAUACGAAAAUAUUUAGUUUGGGACGAAUACCUUAAUGACAAAGUGAGUGUUUUUAUUGUCGGAAUGUAGAUAAACGCGAAGUGGCAUUGUUGGAAAAAGGAAUUCAGGAAAAGAAUGGUGAAAUACGAAAAUUAUGUCAGAAAUUAUCAGAUAUGGAACGAGACAAACACACAGAAAUUGUCAAGUUGAGGCUAGAGGUUAGUUCAAACACUGAAUGUUAAAUAAUAGCACGAUAAGAGGUAACCAUUUAUAAUAUUAGUUCGUAAAUUACAUCAUCGUUACCACGUUAUUUAAAAGACAACCAUGCAUCGUUCAUUCAGUACCACUCUGUCAUACUCGUUCAAUAUAAGCUGCUACAUCCAGGGGGUACAAAGGUUCCCGCUACUACUUCGACUGGUACCCCCUUUCGUAAGUGGGUGUGUGCUAAUCAUCCUUAUAUACUAGUGCAACUCAAUUGCAAAGGUCGCAGUACAACCUGAUCGAGUCGAAGGCUUACUAAGGCCGCUCUACAUGACAGCCACCUUAUCAUGGGCGGAUCUCCUGGGGGGGGGGUUAAACACCCCCCUAGAAUCUCUCUAAUCCCUCUUAUAAAGUGUUCAACCACAUCAAAAUUUCGCUUCACCCCUCCUAUUUUGUGUGAAAGUCUUUAACCCUGACGGCUAACCCCUGCUGAAGUUCGCUCAGUGGUGCCGCUUGCACCCCACUAGAAAUUUUUCCACCCCUCCUUUUAAAAAAUGUAACUCCGCCCUUGCACCUUAUUACUCAUGUUUGAUCGCGGAACACAGCUAUGGUGGAAGGGUCAGUUGGGGCUUAUCCCAUGGGGCCCACCCUGUGAACAUUCCCUGUGAGAAGAAAGCGGAGUACCAGAAGAAAACCUACGACUUUCGGCAGAGCGUCGACUAGUUUUACUGGCAUGAGUCCGCAGCGAGAAAGCCGAGAGGCGAGAAUCGAAUCCGCGGGAUGAAAACAGAAAAGUAUGAUCAACUAGUUCUGCGUGAAAAUGGCUAAACAAGAUAACACUAUCCAUACCCGGCCAUACCCGUAAAUCGGAACCGGGGUAUAUACCUUCUUUAAUUAUCUGAUAUAAUUUUCCCAAUUGUCCCUGGAAGCGCAAUGGCAUAAACGCAUUAUUUUUGUCUGUGUUUGUAUCAUGUGAUUGUCUUUUUCUCAUACAUCAACCUGCAAUAUGUUUUCUUAAAUGUGAACAAUCAUGUUACCCACAAAGAUCUCGAGCGAUGUCACUGUUCCGUUUGUAGUAUGAUGCCAAACUUCUGAAGGCUCAAAAGAGUAACUCAAAACAACAAUCAGGUUCAAUGGCAACUGUUAAUAAUGAAAUUUUUCGCAAAGUAAGUAUAUACAUCUAACUGGUCUUGACCGCAGUCACAUCUCUUCAGUGUAACCAUGUUUGUAAUCCUUAAGUCUGCGCUCUGCACAACAGCUUGGACAAGUUGGACAACUUGCUUUCGCCUUCUCUUUUAUACUGAAAAUUACACGUACACAUACCCAUGAUGAAUAUGGUGAUAUAAAGUAUCUAUAGAGUUAGACAGAGUUAGACUCAGACAUUUAAUUUUCAUGUCUUAUGUUAUGUUAGUUUUUUUUUAAUAUUUCUGAUAUAUUUCAAUGGACUCAGUUUCAAUUCAGUUUGAAUUUUUUAAAAUUAAAAAGUGUCGAGUAUGACGUCAGUAGAGGAAAUUUUGACUUAUUAUAUAGCUUAGCAUAAUCGUCGCUCAUUUAUAUCGCUCAUCCACAAAUACAUGAUCAAUACAUAUCAUUUAGGGUUCAAAACUAAAAUGUUCCUUUUAGUCUUAAGCAUUGGCAACCACUGUAAUCAUUUCGAGUUUGUGAGAACCACCACGUUCUUUAUAACGUAUAGUGUUUCAUUAGUGUGUACGCUGCUUGUGACGUCAUAGACAACCACAUACAGUCGAACCUCUAUUAAGCGGCCCUCCAUCAAGCGGCCACCCUCUAUUAAACGGCCACAUAUCGAAGUCCCGAAAUUUUUGUAAUACAAAUACUAUAAACUAUCCCUCUAUUAAACGGCCACCUCUAUUAAGCGGCCGCGGCCACCCAAAGAGCGGUCCCAAAUGAUGUUUUAUGUCAAUUUUUACCUCUAUUAAGCGGCCAGCCUGCAGGAUUUACUUUGGCGCAACACCUUGUCACGAGAGCCGCAAAUAAAAGUCGAGCUAAUUUGUUUUAUUUGUAAAAUAAGGCUUAAAAAUUAAGUUUUAACACAUGCCACUUUACCCCUCAAAAGCUUUACACCUCAAAAGCAUUGACUACGCUCAGGGUCCAUUAUUUGCGUACCUCUAUUUAGCGGCCACCUCUAUUAAGCGGCCACAAAGCCGAUCCCCGAGGGUGGCCGCUUAAUAGAGGUUUGAGUGUAUAUUAAACUAGAAAAUUUUAAAACAAAGACAGAAAUCCGGAAACAGAAACUUUCUCACAUUAUUCAGAUCUUUUGAGUCGCAUUACUGACCCUUGAAAUAUAAAAAUGACUAUCGUAAAAAUACUACUAUAUGCAUCAGCAGGCCAGCAAGUAAAAAUAUUUUUCUUAUAAUUAAAAAUUACCAAUUCAUGAUCACAAUGGUUCUCUCGCUUUUCCUCUAUAGAAAUUACAAUAUGCUAAAGUACAAGCAGAGAAAGAAGUGGGCGUUUUAAAGAACAAAAUAAUGGAAUUGGAGAGAAAAUUAAUGCAACAAAGCAGAACAAAUCAGCAGGAUUUUCAACAUGUACCUCAAAAACGAAGACGAUUAUCAACAAUUGGAAAAGAACGAUGA